ACUGCUACAGGGCGGCAGGGGUGCGCAAAAUCACGUACGUAUAUAUAUACCUGUAUGCAGGGGCGGACUGACAACUCAUGGGGCCCCCGGGCAACAGGGGACCAUGGGGCCCUUGUGUCCUUGUCCAAACUCAAAAAAGCCUAUGAAAAAGGUACCAGGGGCAUCUCAUGGGGCCCCCUACUGACCCCGGGCCCUCGGGCAGUGCCCGAGUUUCCAAAUGGUCAGUCCGCCCCGCCUGUAUGU